CGGCCUUUCAGUCCUUCGGUAAGGAUCAUUUACCGAAGGCUUUCCCGACGGCUCUCAUUAAGUUAUUUAUCGAGGGUCAAACAUAACAUACCGAGGGUCUUUGGCCUUCGGUAAUGUCCACGAUAAUUUAAGUUCUCGAAUUUGGUAUUCGUUCCCAUAUACUCAGAAUUUCCCCAAUUUCCCUCCCCUUUCCUCGUCUCCAGCUCCCCUCUCCUUUCCUUCCCCAUUGUGCUCGUGCCGUGAAUUAACGGUUGCUCUAGUCUCCGUUGCUUGGUUGGUUCAUUGACGGUGGUUUGGGGGUUGGGUGCUAGGUUCGGUGACGCUGCCUUGUGGGUUGUGGUGGUUGGCCGUUUGUGGCGAUUUGGGGGUUCUGUAGCAGUGCUGUGGCGGUGUGGUGACAGUGCUGUGACAGUGUGACGACGGUGCUGUAGUGGCGUGACGACGGUGCUGUGGCGGCGUGACCAGGGCUUCCACUAUCGCAAGGCGAGGCCAAUGUAGGGGUCUGUGACGAGGUCCUGGAAAUGAAUGGUUAAUCCCUUUCCACAUGGUAGGCUUACUGGAUCUGGCCUGAACCUUUUCUUCCUUAAAGACUACAGGUUGAAUGCAAAGAACUUUUUUUACAGAGAUUUGCCAGAACUGGAUGAUUCUAUUGCUGAUAAGCUUCUCCCUGGAUGCAGCACAGUGGAGCAGGUCAAAGACUUAUUGUUACAGAGAUGCCUAGAGGUGGAGCAAACAGCUCGAGAACAAGCAACUGAUAAUGCUAUCUUAGAUCAGAUUUCUAAGGCAAAAAUGAAACUAAGUGAGCAACAACUGGCAUCUCUCUCAAGUCCAAAGGCUGUGAACCAAUAUCUUGAGCAUCAGAAGGAAAAUAUAACAAAUUUGAUAAAACAGAAUCUGGCAGUGGGUGAUAUAUAUAGGCGUGAAAAUCUGCAGUUUGCUACCGAGGAUCUCGUCAAAGAGGUUGAGAAUUCCAUUGCUGAAUUCAAACGUCAAAAUCAAGAAUAUGAUGAGGAACGGGUGAAGGAUCAGGACGGCGUGGUGGUCGCAAUCGCUUGUAACGGGGAAGGUGACAACUUUGUACUAGCCUUGUGCCGGAGGUGACAAUUGGGUGUUUUUUGUGGUUGUUGCUGCAGCAACCAACGGUGACUCCAGGCAUUGGUGUUGGACGAAGAAUGAAAACAGUGCAACACAAGAGAAGACGAAAUAUAGUACAAAUGAAUAGAUAUGUUGUUCGUGUUCUAAAAUGAAUCAUAUAGUACAUCGAUUGUUAGAAAAAUCGAUAUACUAUGUAUGAUAUUAUCUGAGUUUUACUAUAAGAACAUCAUAAUAUAUAUCUUCUUAUUUAUUUAAAGAAAAUUCACUGAUCUAUCUCGCAGUGAAUCUAUAAACCACAAGAUAGCAGUUUGACCAUAAACCAAAAGUCUGAAUCGAAAGAGUUAACUACGAUGCAGAAUCUUAAACUCUAAACUUUAACGUGUACAAAAAGUAACAAUUAAAGAAUUUGAACCAUAUAUAGAAAAGUAACUAACAAGGUAGUAAGUCAAACUUGAACAUGGAAUUAAGACAUUAAAGAACAUAACUUGAUUAUUAGAUAUAAAAAUAAAACCAUGUUGAGGAGUGUGAAUGUGAUUUUUGGUGGACUAAUUCCAAGCUAACCAAGUAGCUAACAUGUCAUUCUCAGCCAGCCAGAUAAUUCGUUCAAGUCAAUGAAGACUUGCAUAUUUCGUAAUUUUUUUUCGUUGAAAAACUUAUUUUAUAAUCUCUUCCUCAUAUUAUUAUUAUCGUUGUUAUAUAAACCAUUGUAC